GAGUACUGAGAGUAAUCUGACCCUUCAAAUAAUUCAACCUUCACACCCCCUCUGGUCCACCGCUCUGUAUCUCUCUCUCUCUCUCUCUCUCUAAAACAUGGGGAAGGAAGGAGGCUUAAUCCAUUGAAGAAUGUAGCAAUCUCACUCACUGGAUGAACAUCUUCUGUGCUCUUUUCCCCACUGUCUCUGAAAAGAAAAAUCCAAAGGGGUUAAAGGAAUGUCGGUUUCAUUUUGAAAUUCCCAAAUCGAAAACACCUCGAAUAGAUAUAAUCGGACGUUUUUUCAGUGUAGAUUUUGAAAUCUUUUGUGGGUUCCAAGGCAGCGGCGAUAUGGGUGGCGUUACCUCAUCCAUGGCGGCGAAGUUCGCCUUCUUCCCGCCGAAUCCACCUUCCUAUAAGCUCAUCACUGAUGAUCUUACUGGUCUUUUGCUUCUUAGCCCUUUCCCUCAUCGCGAAAAUGUUGAAGUUCUGAAACUUCCCUCUCGUCGGAGCACCGAUAUUGUUGCCGUUUAUGUCCGGCAUCCUAUGGCGACUUCCACUCUGUUGUAUUCUCAUGGCAACGCCGCCGAUCUUGGCCAAAUGUAUGAGCUCUUCAUCGAGCUCAGUAUUCACCUGCGUGUUAAUCUUAUGGGGUACGACUAUUCGGGUUACGGUCAAUCAUCAGGAAAGCCAUCUGAGCAAAAUACAUAUGCAGAUAUUGAGGCUGCAUAUAAGUGUCUUGAAGAAAGCUAUGGUACCAAGCAGGAAGAUGUGAUCUUAUACGGUCAAUCCGUUGGGAGUGGCCCGACUUUGGAUCUUGCAGCUCGACUUCCUCGCUUAAGAGCUGUUGUUUUGCAUAGUCCAAUACUCUCUGGUCUAAGAGUCAUGUAUCCUGUAAAGCGCUCCUACUGGUUCGAUAUUUAUAAGAAUAUCGACAAAAUUUCGCUGGUUAAUUGCCCAAUCCUCAUCAUUCAUGGAACUUCAGAUGAUGUGGUUGAUUGCUCCCAUGGCAAGCAACUAUGGGAGCUCUGUAAAGAGAAAUACGAACCGCUGUGGCUAAAUGGCGGAAACCACUGUAAUCUCGAGCUCUAUCCCGAGUAUAUCAGGCAUCUAAAGAAGUUUGUAGGAACAGUUGAGAAACCUCCUUCACAGCGAUACAGUGCCAGAAAAAGUACAGACCAAUACGAGCAGCCUCGUAAGAGCACAGAUUUUUUCGAGAUUCCAAGGAAGAGCACAGACCGGAGAGAUAAACCAAGGCGGAGCACUGAUCAACCAGAGAAGCUGAAGGCUACUGAUAAGUUAGAAAAGCUCAGACUCUCCUUUAACCAUGGGGAGAGGUCUCGUAAAAGUGUCGAUUGCCAUGAAAAGUCAUGGAAAAUCGUCGAACACCAAUUGGAAAGAGCAAGAAAAAGUGUCGAUCGGCUUGAUAGAAUACAAACCGGAACAAGGAAAAGGAGCAUGCGCAGCUCAGCCAUCUGCGGGAAAUGGGAGCUUUCUUCAUGGUCUCGAAAGGAUUAAUGGCAUGACAUCGACUUUGGAAUCGUUGUUCGGUUUCUUAGAGCAAGAGGUUCGUAGUAAUGAUGUGUUUUGACUUCUUGUAACUAUUAUUUGAAACGAUGCUGUGUUUUGUUUUCAUCGAGUUUGUUUUGAGAGAUGACUGGUUCUUUUUUAGAAACGUUGUAAUUAUGUUUAUUUUUGGCCGUCGUUGGAUUUUCUUCCCAUACUUUGCUUUCAUGGUCUCAAUAGGAUUAAUGGGGUUGAGUUCGAAAUUGUUGUUUGAUUUCUUAGAGCAAGAGGUUCGUAGUAAUAACGUGUUU